AUGAAUAUAAAUUUUAAAAUUAUAUUUAAAUUAUAUUUAAUUAUUUAUUUAAUCAAUUUAAUAUUGAUUAAAUUUCAAAUCAAUUAUGAAGUAAAAUCAAUAAAUAUUGAUUAUAUUAAUAAUACUACUUAUAAUGUAUUUAGUAAUAAUGAAUCAUUAUUAGAAUAUCAAAUUCAAUUUUAUUUAAAUGAUAAUACACCAUUGAAUUAUUUAGUUGGUAAUAUAUUGACUACUAAUUAUACCCAUCCCCAUCCCCAUCCCCAUCUCCAUCCCCACCACCCCCACCCCCACCAGCAACAACUACAACAACAUGGAAACAUCUUCAUUCGAUCAAUGUUAAUCCCAGAUACAUAUUAUCAAUUAACUAUAAAAGGUGAUUUAUAUACACGUAAUGUGAUUGAUCGUGAUUUGAUUUGUUCUAAAUUUAAUUGUUGUUUAUUAAAUUAUUGUCAAAUGAAUAUUGAAGGUUAUUUAUUUACAAUUAAUAAUUUAAAACCAAUUAAAUUUCAAAUACAAAUUAUUAUUAUUGAUGAAAAUGAUAAUAUUCCCUUAUUCCCUAAAUCAAUAAUUAACACCGACAACAACCAUGGCAACAACACUAACGAGCAUAGCAACAACACCAACAAGCAUAGCAACAACACCAACAAUGAAAAUUUGAUUGAUAUUUAUAAUCAAAAUUUAAAUAUUUAUGAAUUAAUUAUACCAGAAUCUAUUUCUAUAGGUAAACGUUAUUCAUUACCUAUGGCUAUAGAUAAAGAUUCACCACGUUAUGGUAUUAAACAAUAUCGAUUACAAAUAAUCAAUCAUUUAAUUACUAACCAGAUUAGUAAUGAUUCUUAUACAUCUAGUAUAGAAUCUCCAUUCAGCUUAAUUAAUCCAGAUCAAUUAAUUAUAAAUAAGAUCAAUACUAAAUCUAUUAUAGGAUCACCUCAAUUACAAGUAGAUUAUAUGUUAGAUCGUGAAAAACAAUCAAUUUAUUAUUAUAGAAUUAUAGUUGAAGAUCAUGGUGAACCACCAUUAUAUUCUGAUAUGAUAUUACGUAUUAAAGUAGCUGAUAUUAAUGAUAAUGCACCAAUAUUCAUAAAUUUCACCACAGAUAUAACGACUGUUAACCAUAAUGACAACAACAAUAAUAUCUUCAUUAUGGAAAAUCUUACAAUCGGUACAAAAAUCUUUCAAUUUUAUACAAAAGAUUUAGAUGAAGGUGAAAAUGGUAAUAUUACCUAUUUAAUUGAUUGGAAAUCAAUAUAUGGUGGUUGGGAUCAAUCAAAUAUUCAAUCAAUAAUAUCGAAAUAUUCAUUAAAUCCAUGGAAUGGUGAAUUGAUAAUAUCUGAUCUUUUAGAUUAUGAAAAUGAAUUAGAACGUAAACUAAUUUUAUUAAUACAAGCUAUAGAUAAUGGUAUACCAAAAUUAACAUCAAGUAUAAGUUAUACAAUUCAUCUUAUUGAUAUUAAUGAUAAUGAACCAGAAAUUGAAAUGAUCCCAAUACAUACUACUGAAAUAAGUAAUAGUAGUAGUAAUAGUAGUAGUAGUAUAGGGAAUGUUAGUCAAUUUCCUCUCCUUUAUGAAAAUGAUCCAACACCACAAUUAUUAAGAUUAAUAUCGAUUAAUGAUAAAGAUGAUUGUUCAAUAAAUAAAAUUCAAUGUCAACUGAUUAAUGAAGAGAGAAAUCUUGUAAGUUUUCGUUUAAUCUCUUAUUCAAAUUAUGCUUAUGGUUUAUUCAAUCAACGUCAAUUUGAUUAUGAAAAAGAUACAAAUAAGAAGGGUCAACUUCUAGUUGGUAUCCAAUGUGAAGAUAUAGCAGAACCGAAAAAAUUCAUUCAAAAAUGGUUUGAAUUACCAUUAGGUGAUUUAAAUGAUAAUUGGCCACAAUUUAAUCAAUUGAAUUAUGAAUUUUCAAUAUAUGAAAAUGUACCAAUUUAUACAAAGAUUGGAUAUAUUGUUGCUAUGGAUUUAGAUUCAGGUAUCUAUGGUCAAUUAAGAUAUGAAUUGAUGUCAGAUCAUUUGGAAUAUUUGAAAUUCAUUCAAAUCGAUGCUACAAAUGGAACGAUAUAUACAACUGAUCACUUAGAUAGAGAAUUAAUCAAUAUCCUUCAUCUCUUUGUUACUGUGAAAGAUGGUGGAGUCAUCGCUGAUGAUGAUGAUGAUGAUGACGAUGGUGGUGGUGGUGGUGGUGGUGAUGGUGGUUAUGAUAACAGGAUCAAUAACGAAACGGGAAACUUCAAAUCAAUCAUUAAAACAAAUACAACAAGCAUAAAAAUUCAUUUACUUGAUGUAAAUGAUAAUCCACCUAAAUAUAAUGGAUCAUUAGAAUUUCAUAUUGAGGAGAAUUUACCAUUAGGUACAAUAAUAUUAAAUCAAUUAAAUUUUAUUGAUCCAGAUUUAGGAGAGAAUUCAACAAUUAGUAUAAAACUAAUUGAUCAAUCAUACUCUUAUUUACCUAGUAUAUCCGAUGAAUUAAAUAGUAACUAUGGCAACGAAAUGAAUGAUAAUUCUAUGAUUUCAGUUGACAACCAAUCAAGAUUGGUUGUAUCUGGGGUAUUAGAUCGUGAGAAACAAACUCAAUUUAUGAUUAAAUUAAUUGCAUAUGAUCAUGGUAAAUUAAUAAGUCAUACAUGUACAACUACCCUGACAUUUUACAUUGAUGAUAUCAAUGAUAAUCAACCAUAUUUAUUAUAUCCAAAUAAUGGUAGUCUAUUAUUUGGUAUGUCUAAAUCAUCGAAUUGGUUAAAUAGCCAUCAAUCUACAUCAUCAAUGAUACCAGUUGAUACAUCAUUUGGUACAUUAAUAGCUACAAUACGUGGUAAAGAUUUAGAUGCUGGUGAUAAUGGUACCGUUAUUUAUUCUAUAAUACCAAGUAAAAUCUAUCAUUUAAAACAAAAACUUAAACAACAACAGAAUAUUAUAAAUAUGAAAGUGAAUAAUAGGAAUUUGAUUGAUCCUUUUGAAAAUACUAACAGUAGAAGUAAUCUAAAGAUAAACGAAAAUAAACUGAAAUAUGAAAUCGAUAAGAAUACAGACUUUUUGGAACUUUAUGAUGGAUUUUUCUAUUUUACUAUUCAUGAACAAACAGGUCAAUUAACAACAUCUUGGAAUAAUCAUUUGAAAAAGAAAGAAAUUGAAUUAUUCAUUAAAAAUCAAUCUAUUCAUAUAAAUGAAUUACAAUUAAGGGAUCAAUAUUUAAAAUCAAAAGGUACACCUAUACCUGGUUUAUAUAUAAUAACAAUUCAUUUACAAGAUAAAGGUAAACCACAACAAACUACUGAAGUCAUUUUUUAUAUUAAUAUUACUGAACCUAUAAGGGAUUCAUUUGGUUUUUGGGCAUUACAUCAUUCUCAUAUUAGUAAUAAAAUAAUAUUAAUUUUAAUUAUUAUAUGUAGUUUAACAUUGAUAAUCAGUUUAACCAUUGUUAUAUUAUGGAUACGUUUUAAAUCAGAUAACCAAAUACUGAGAUCUAUAUCGAAUACUUCAUGUAGAGAAUAUAAACAAGGUAUAAUCAUUACAUCAGAUACACAGAAUUAUAAUAAACAUUAUAAAUUUCAUCAUUCUAUCAAUUUAUCACCUAUGAUUGAUAGAAAAUAUGAGAAAUCUUCAAAUCGGACAAUCUUUUUACCUUCAACUGUUUUAGAAUCAUAUCCUAAUGAAUUACCUUCAUCAGAAGGUUUAUAUAAUGGAACAUUAUUAACAGAGACAAUGAUAACUACUAGUAUAGAUGAGAAAUUACCUUCUUAUAUACAACCUUAUUAUAGUGAUGAGAAUACUAAUCAAUUAUCUAUAAAUGUAUAUCCUUUUCAUGUUAAUGAACAAAACGAAUCAUGCCAUCAUACAACUGAAUGGAUGUCAACAACAACAUCAAACCAAUAUCAUACUAAACCAUAUCAACCAACUUCAUUCAUUAUUAAACAUUCUAAUGAACCGAUUCCAAAUAUUAUACAUAUGGAUUCAUUUGCUGAUAAAAUAGAUCUAUAUAAUAAAGAUGUACAAUUAUUAAAUAAUGGUAUGAUAUCUGUUAAUUUAACUAAUAUAACUAAUCAAACAAAUAGUAUAUAUGGUAGUGAUAGUGGAGUAGAUAGUGGUACAGGUAUUAUUAUUACUACUUCAGAUACAUAUUUACCAAUAUCAUCAUGGUAUUUAACGGAUUUAAAUAAUAAAAUUAAUUAUCAUGAUUCAAUUUAUGGUUCUUUUAAGUUACCAUAUGAAAAAUCUGACAUGAAUAACAUCAGUCAUGGUAAUAUAUAAGAAUUACGUAAUAUAGUCAAGUGUUCACUUAGAAACAUCAACUUAUACAUGUAAUACAACUAAUAAAACAAGAGAAGGAUACAUUUCUCAAGUGUACUG